GUCAAUUACUCUGUGCCAGUUCCCGUCGUUGCUCCUCUGCUGGUGCUGGAUGACUCUGUUUUGCCCGAGGGACAUCCUGAUCUUGCCGUUGGCCACGUAGAGCGCCAGCAGGGGGACGGCUCCUCUGCCGGCCACGUGGAGGAUCAGCCCUCUGGAGGACCUGGUCUUGAUGUCCAGAGAGAAGUGAGGCCUGAGACACGAGAGGAGGACAACGAGGAAGUCCCUGGGUCUGUUAUUAUGAAUAAAUGAAUAGAUGUGCAUCGACAUGAAAUGGAGUGCAUCUCUGCAACUACAAGGUCUGUUUAGUAAUAGUACUCUCAUAAUGGUGCUCAAACUUGUGAGGUCUCUUUAAAGGUGGACGUGUUCAGUGGAGGUUGAGUCUAGUGAGGAUGGAAUGUAUUUAUUUUCCACCUCGAAAAAACUACUUUACAUUUUUCGAAUGAAUAGAGGACAAAACAUCUCAGGUAUGACUGAAAAGGGAGGUCAUUACCAGUGUGAGUUGCUGUAAUGUUGGGGCGGGGGGGUAAUCGACUUCCCACUUGAAUUUUAAUCUUGUAUUGAAGGACAGUCCCUUUGUUCAGAGUAUUUCUGAACAGCCAUUUUACAUAAUUUCCACAUCUUCAGGAAUAAAGCGCUUUUUCUUUCUUUCUCCUUCAACGUUGAUAAAGGAUUACCUGUAAUUGAGUUCCUGUUGUGGCACGGUGUAAGAGAGCCAGCUGUUCUCCUCGGAGAGCUGGUAUUCGUCCAGCUGCGCUCGCCGCCGUGGACACCGGCUUCCUGCCGGAGUCUGAAUCUGACGGACAGCAGAACAAAUGACCUUCAAUCCCUGUGUAAUUGGGGGAAUCGCCUGUGGAGAUAAUGGCUUUUUUGCACUCACGGGUCGGUUUUCGGGGGUCCUUUUCAACACCGGUGCUGGCAGAGGCUCGGUGCCAGGUGGCGGACCGAUAACGCAUCGUCCAAGGACGACGUCUCCUGAAAACGAGCUGAGGUCCGCAGGUAUGAAGCCCCGUUCAGACCUACAUACAAGUGAAGUCGUGUUAUUAUCGGAGGAAGAGGACACGUAUCAUAGGAGUUAGAGCAGUCGUGGGUUCUUUAAAGACGAUGUUUCCGAACCUCCUGGCGUAAAGGUUCGCGAUGCAGACUUUGAAUUUCCCCUGUUGCACAUUUUUAUCCAGCGGUCCGAUGUGAGGCGAUGGUCCCGGGGUCACUUUCACGUUAUCGACGCUGAGCUCCAAUCUGGGUCGAGCAAAUCCAGACAGGAUUCAGUAAAGCUUUUUUAAUUUUAUUUUUAGAUAACGUUUUUUUUUAAAUAGGACGUCUCUCACCCUGUUGGCCCCUGUACUGCAGACACGUGGUGCCAGCGUCCAUCGCUGUACCUUUUCUCCGACCUCAAGGUGUAAUUAUCACUCUUGAAGACGACGUGGCCAUCAGCCAGGGACAGCUGGGCGGACGCGGAGCCCUGCAGGAGAUCAGAGAAUCCAGCGUCUCUACUUCACUCCUCAUUCUAUAUAUGGACACUCCCUGUUUCCUUUAAAGACGGAUUUGCAGGGUUUUUACCUGAGAGCUGCUCCUGAGAAGAGCGCCAUGGCGGUCUGAGCUCCUGAAGCCCAGAGAGACUCUAAUUGGCUGCUCGCUCCCGGCAUCAACCGACAGAGGUGAGGACAACGUGGCCGAGCGAACGCCCUGAGGGGCGAGGGAGAGGGGGGAGAUAUAUUCUCAGAGUUCAGUCCUAUGAAUCCGUCUGUUUUUUGUUUUUUCUCCCUUACCAGCCGCGACACCGGACACCCGACGCCGAUCGUCCGCUCAAACUCGACGAGCUCAGCGUCGGCCGUCAAGUCGGUCCACGCAUCCCCUCAGCGGCGGGGCGGCGAUGUCGUGUCUGGGAGUCAAAGAUGAGAACGUUUUCUUUUAGAGAAAGUCGUUCACGAAAAGAAGAAAAAAAGGCCUCGCGCCGCUUUUCGGUCUGGUUUUUUGUUACCGCUCUCGGAGCUGCGCCGGGAGGCCCCCGAUGUAAAAGCUGGCGUAGGUCGCGGGGUCGUGACCCGUGGAGAUCCGGCGCGGUCCGUAGUGCACGAUGACCCGGUCUGCGAUGGCGAUCGCAAAGUGUUUGUCCUGAGAGGGGGGGAGGGGGUCGAGUCGUUAGAGUUUAAAGAUCGUGAACUCAAACUUGCGAGUAGAAAGUAUUUUUUCCGAUCGUCUUACAAACAGAGAAACUCUCUCGGCGCUCUGGACUCGGAGCUCUCGGCCCGCUUGCCGUCCUCGGAGCACCAGGAAGCCGCUCGCCACGAACACGCAGAAGAAAGACUCCUGGAGCAGAUGGAGCACAAGCAGUGAAGACGUUUUCUACCGCGGGGUUAACCUUCUAAAGUUGGGGUAACGUAAAGUUAACGUGACGUAAAGUUGAUGUAACGUAAAGUUACCGUUACGUAAAGUUGAUGUAACGUAAAGUUAACGUGACGUAACGUUAACGUGAAGUAAAGUUGAUGUAACGUAGAGUUGGCGUAAUGUAAAGUUGAUGUAACGUAGAGUUGGCGUAACGUAAAGUUGAUGGAACGUAGAGUUGGCGUAACGUAAAGUUGAUGUAACGUAAAGUGUCGUACUUCGUUCCCGAUGUAGAACAGCAAAGCGUCCGUCUCUCGGCUGUUUGUGUGAAACCUGAACAGCCGGCUCUUCCUCUCGUGCGGCUCCUUGGUGAGCGCCAUGCGGUACCCCGUUCCCUCGUAGUACCCGGACGCCUCCGCCCGGGGAACCCUAAACGGAGAAAGAGCUUUAAAGCUGUUUUCAUCUGUUUCUGGUUAACAAACCUCGGCUAACCAUGUCAAAGCUUUUCCCCGACCGCUCACUUCACAGUCGGCUGCGCCGCCUCCAUGCCGACCGCUCGCUUGAAGUCGAACAGGCAAACGGGAUCGUCGUUUACGGAGGAGAGUUUCAUUGCUCCUCUGUAGUUGGGGUAGUGCAGCUCCACCGGAGGCUACAGGCAUCACGAGGAGAUGAAAAUGUGAAGAGAUGAGUUCAUUGAACAUGUUUUCAUUGGCAGUGGACAACAAUAUUUUACACACAUCGUUAAGAUCUCCUCUGGUUGUAUAGAAGUAUAUGCUUCAUGUGUUAAAGCUGCAUUAUCUCUCCUGACCACCAGGGGGCGACUCCUCUGGUUGUAUAGAAGUCUAUGCUUCAUAUGUUAAAGCUGCAUUCUCUCUCCUGACCACCAGGGGGCGACUCCUCUGGUUGUAUAGAAGUAUAUGCUUCAUGUGUUUAAAGCUGCAUUCUCUCUCCUGACCACCAGGGGGAGACUCCUCUGGUUGUAUAGAAGUAUAUGCUUCAUGUGUUUAAAGCUGCAUUCUCUCCUGACCACCAGGGGGAGACUCCUCUGGUUGUAUAGAAGUAUAUGCUUCAUGUGUUUAAAGCUGCAUUCUCUCUCCUGACCAUCAGGGGACUCUUCUGGUUGUAUAGAAGUAUAUGCUUCAUGUGUUUAAAGCUGCAUUCUCUCUCCUGACCACCAGGGGGCGACUCCUCUGCUUGUACUCCCACUACGUUACCGUAAAGUCCUUAGGAUAUCCGCCCACGUAGAAGACGACGCUGUCCGGAUCCAGUUCGAGGGCGCCGCUCGUCGUGUUGGGAAGGUUGCGUUUCGGAGAGAGCCCGACCGGCGUCGGCGAGGUGAAGUUCCGAGUGACGUUGACCUCGGCAUCUUGGUAAACUCUGCAGGGAAACGCGGACACGCGUAAAUACUGCGUUCACCACAACGUGCCGGAGGAAGGAAGGCGGAGCGGGACAGAAAGGUCGUAGUACCUUCGGAAGACGACCCGGUCGAAGUCUGAGGAGUUCGGGUUGGAGGUCGUUCUUACGUGGCUGGUUUCCACCUCGUGGGAAACUCCCCCCAACUUGUAGACACAAACCAACACGUUGCUUCUGAUGGCCAUCCCAAUGAAGUCUCCGGAAGCCUAAAAAAUGAAAUAGCGUGACCACUAAAGUUUCAACGUUUUUUUUUGCAUCGCGAUACUUAAAAAGACGCCAUCUUUCUGUCAUGUGUUGCACUUGCGUCCUUGUUGCCCAGGUAGAAAACAAAGGAGCCGCCAUCUCUUCGUUUGUUGCGGCGGCGGCGGCGCGUUCGUCCGGAAUCGCCCUCCACGGGGUCGUCCUGGUGGCGAUUGAGGAGCAGGUCGACGGCCGUGAACGCUUUCACGUCUUCCAGGUUUCUCGGAGGUCGAAGCUCGACGUGCCCGUUCCCGUCGAAAGUGGUGGCAAGCGACAUCUGUAAGGACAAAUCAGGAGACGUUGAAAUUAUUAGUAAAUGAACCUUUUUACCUUCCAUAAUAGGUUUGGCCACUUGGGGGCAGUAGAAACAAGCUUUCAACCUAACGCUUUUGCUUUCAGUCCAAUAUUCUCUCUCUUUUUAGCAGUUUCUUGGUCUCAAAACCCUUUCCUCCACCAGUCAGUGACCUCGGCGUUUUCUUUCCACGACCUUUUAACUGAGUAUCCGAUGGCGUCCUCCAAGUCAGCGUCACGCCGACGCUAAAAUCCACAAGCUCUCAAAAAUCCUUGCUAAUCAACUUUUACUAUAUAAUAUGCCCCUAGUAAAUUAAAGAGUCUCCAUCCAGAACUAUCUGCAACCGCAUGUGGUGCCUUCAAUGAAUUACUCUUUUAUUAAAUUAUUCAAUUUGUGCCUACAAUUAAAUUAACCGUUUUUUAUGGAUUCUGGUUUAUUCACAUCCUCCUACACGGCGAGUGUUUUGCGGUUAUUGUACUUUUCACUCACAUCAAAUCAACUGUGUAAUAAUGUUGAAAAUAACGAUAAUAAUAAUUAAUAUUACAGCAGUCAAAAUAAAAAAUGUUAAACUGAUUUUAAAGUGAAAUUUAAUGCUGUGAAAUAAAAUUUCAAAUGAAAUGUGAUGGUUGCAAAAUUAUAUAAAAUGUAGAUUCAAAAAAUAUAAACAAACAUGUAUAACACCAAGCUUUAAAUCAAAGCUUAACAGGCAAUAGAUGACAAGUUAAUAAAGAAUACUUCACCCUUUUAACAAAGGUUCUUGUCUCCGCGAUCACGUCCUUGAUUCUCCUGAUGCUUUCUGUCAUGUUGCCACCAGGGGGCGCCUUCCCUCCGAGAGCCUCGACUCGUGUGAUUUUGCCUCUCAAGGUGGCGAGCGCAGCGCUCAAGUUCUUCACUGAACAGGAAAACAAACGAAAUGAUCACGUUCCAGCUGCGGUGGUGAGGGUGACGUUAUUAAAUACUCACGCGUCCGCUCCGUGUCGAUCAACAACGCCUCGUCUACAUUCCUGGCGGCGGCGGCCGAAGCUUUCCUCUCCACGUCCCGGCUGAUGUUGCUCCGCCUCUCUGCGACGUCGCUCGCCGUGGCGUCGGACGCCGCCGCCGCCGCCUCUAUCAGGACGCCCGUGUCAUCUGAAAUCAGAAAGGGCGCCGCCGUGAUCGAUGCAUAUCACGCGCGACGUGAAACACAUUUUUCUUUUUCCCGCCCAAGCGAUCGCACCGACCUCCGCCCGUCUUUUCGAGGUCGGCGACGACGGUCGAGAUGUCCGCUCGAAGGGUUUCUCCUUUCCCGCUCACGCGAUCUUCGGUGGCGUUCGCCGCGCGCGACAGAACUGCUUUUUUUUAAAGAAAUAAGACAUUUUUUACAUUUUAUUUGACGCGUUCUAAAUUAUUAUCGUGUGUCUGACGUGACGCAGGUUCACAAACCUUUGAGCUCCCUCUGAGUCUCGUGGGCUUCUGAGAGUAAAUCAGUGGAAUUAUCUUUGAGUCCUGCAGCCCUGUGGACCAGACCUCCCUCCUCUGCACCCUGGUGGAUGGAAAAAGAAUCAUAUAUAUAUACAUAUAUAUAUAUAUGAUAUAAUGUAGUGUAUUACAGGUGUUUUUAGGGGUACGUUGCUCACAGUUACCUCGAGGGCUUCCCGAGCCGCCUCUCUGGACCGAUUUGCCGCCGCCGCCGCCUUUUCCACGGCGUUCGUGAUUCUGCUAUCGGCUCCUUUACCCAGAAGGCCGAGCGGGCCUAUGCUGCCGGUCGCAUUAUGAAGCAUCCUGCAGUAACAUAUAGCACGAAUAUGGUAGCAUAUUCAUUUUGUGUGUAUUAGUCGACUCGUCGGCCAUUUUUGUUCCAAGUCGACCGAGAUUUAUUUCGUCGAUAACUCGGUUCGUUCUGCUUCUCUCACGUCUUCGGGGAACAUAACAUGUUAACCGUUGAUUUUGCACGGUGAUCAAACUGGAACAUUUAAAAAUAAAUGGCGCCUGAUCUCAACCGUCCUCCGCUCCACACUCACUGUUGACAUUCUGCCGCCGCUCCGCUGAGCUCCUCUUGCCGCUCCUCGGCGUCGGUGACGGUUUCCAUCUUUGCCGUCAUUUGUACAAUUUUGUUUCGCUUCUUGAUGAUUUCCUUCUCGGCUCCGUCGAGCUGAGCCGCGUGAAUCUCAAAUCCCUGAAAUGUAUAAUUAAAAUGACCAACUAUAUACUUACCGAUACACUUAAAUGUGUUUUCUUCAAAAUAAUAGUCUUUUUUAUUUUUUACCGAUGACGUCUACCAGCCAUUUAUAAUAAAUGUAUCACAAAGACAAAUAUGCGAUAAUAAAUCAGCGUUUUCUCGUUUCUUAAUGUUGUUUUUUGUUGGAAGAGGUUAUUAUAGCAGAGACUUAUGUUGCGCCUAUAAACCAUAUAAUAGUAUUAAAUUAAUAAUAAUUGAGACAACUUUAUUCCUAAAAAAAAAAAAAUUGGGCAUUUCUUUUUUUCUCUCUCUUUCCAUUCUAGCCUUCAAAAUAAAAGCCACAGACACAAACACUGGAAUACUGCUUCUUAUACGUGCGUAGAAUAUGACUCAAUAGGAUCACACAAAAGUAUUGUAUCACGGUUUGGAAGUGAUUUAGCCACCCACGUUUGUAUUUUGAUAUUCCUAUUAUCCUUUUUUUUUUUUUCAAGGAAUUGAUAACAAAUAGUUUGUUAGUAUCGGCCCCGCCCAUCCGAUAAAAAAAUGUCCGCUCACCUUUUUCAUCUUCUCGAGCCUCGUAAAGACGUCGGCGAUGUCCUUCAGCUGACCUCCGGUGGUUUCCGUCCGCAGCAGAAGAGAACUUCGCUCUCGCGCCAGUCGGGUUUGAAGAUGCUGGCGAGCGACGGCGGGAAAAAAAAAGGUGAUGCAAAAUAUCGGGGAGAGAAGUGAGGAGCGGUGCAGGACGACCUCCAGGCCGCGGUUCACCUCACCUGCAGGUGUCGGAGGCCCUUCAGGUUCUGGCCUCGCGUCCCGUCCACUGCGUCCCGUGCGUCCGACAGCAACUCGGCCGCCGCCGUCAGAGAGUCUGCCGUCCGAUGUAUUAUCGCCCGGUGGUCGUCCACGGGAUCUGCUGUGUGGUUCCUGAUGAUGUCCAACACUGAGGAGAACUCACAGACUUAGACAACUGGACCGUUGCAUUCAUGAUCAUUUUUUAGGGUUGUCUAUCAUAAUUGUUGGAUAUCAGUAAACAACCAGAGCUGCAUAGAAAUAAUACUUUUGACCUGCAGUUACAUAAAGAAAUGUAGCCUUUUGGAUCUUAAACCCUGCAUUCUCUCUCUUGACCACCAGGGGGCGACUCCUCUGGUUGUAUAGAAGUCUACGCUUCAUGUGUUAAAGCUGCAUUCUCUCUCCUGACCACCAGGGGGCUCCUCUGGUUGUAUAGAAGUCUAUGCUUCAUUCGAUAAAGCUGCAUUCUCUCUCCUGACCACCAGGGGGUGACUCCUCUGGUUGUAUAGAAGUCUAUGCUUCGUUUUUUAUAAAUCUCACAUGUGCGUGUGUCCUCCAGCUCUCCUUCCGCUCCGUCUCUCUGAGCGCCGCAGCCUCCUCUUCUCACUUCCUGCAGGCGGCGGCGAGCCUCCUCCAUCAUCUCGGCCUCGUCGGGGGGAGCGACCGGCUCUCCGGGCGGCGCCUCGGUUUGCCGCUCCAUCAAAUCUGACGGACCGCAAAUAACCAAAACACUGCCGUCAUCGAUACGUCUGUGGAUUUGACUCAUCCUUCAGUCUCCGUCGGCCGAGCGGCGAUGUCAUCAACGUCCGUACCUCGGAUCGGUGUGAGGAGAGCUUCGGCUUCAGAGACGAGAUCCUCGGCCUUCAGCGCCGUUCCAUCCGCGUUCUGCGAGAGCUUCCCCAGAUCUGAUUUAGUUUUAAGUGUCUGGAAAUAUGGCAGAUAAUGUUAUUACGCUCUGCACUAAUUAGUUCAUACAUCGCAGUAAGGUUAAGGUGUUUUAUGGCUGUGCAAACAAUCAUUCCCUCCAGGUACCUUGCCUCUGACGACCUCCACGUCGGCCUCCAGAUGUUCCACCUCUGGCUCCAGGAGUCUCAGAGCGGCAAUGAACCUCCCGACCAGAAACUGCAAAAAGAACGACGGAGGUGAAGAGGAACUCUGACGUCUGGAGAAACGUUGUUGUCGGCGCCCCCUGGCGGCCGGCCGCGGUGCAGCGCCGCGUGCAGGUGGAUGAGCUCAGCUGCCGGUCGGUUCCGUCCAAACUCCCGAACACAGCGCGGCUCUCUGCCGCGGAGGAGCAGCGGGGACAACCAUGAGUCACGCAUGAGGUCUGCAGAAUGUCGUUCAAGAAGGAAACGCCCCUGGCCAACGCCGUGUUCUGGGCCGCGCGCAGCGGGAACGCGGCUCUGCUGCAGCUGCUGCUCAACAGCGGGCGCGUGGACGCGGACUGCAGAGACAGUUGCGGAACGACGGCGCUGAUGGUGGCGUCCUACAGCGGCCACCACGCGUGCGCCAGAGACCUCAUCAUGCAGGGCGCCGACAUCAACUACCAGAGAGAGGCGGGUUCCACUGCCCUGUUCUUCGCCGCCCAGCAGGGUCACGACGACGUGGUGAAGCUGCUCUUUGAAUUCGGCGCCUCCACCGACUUCCAGACGAAGGACGGCGGCACGGCGCUCACCGCCGCCUCCCAGCACGGACGCUCCAAGGUGGUGGAGACGCUGUUGAAGAACGGAGCCAACGUCCACGACCAGCUGAACGACGGCGCCACCCCUCUGUUCCUCGCCGCUCAGGAGGGUCACGUGACCGUGAUUCGUCAGCUGUUGUCAUCCGGAGCGAAGGUCAACCAAUCGAGGGAGGAUGGCACCGCCGCCCUGUGGAUGGCGGCUCAGAUGGGCCACGGCGAGGCGGUGAGGGUGCUCCUCCUACGGGGAGCAGACCGGGACGCAGACAGACAGGACGGAUCAACGCCGUUAUUCAAAGCUGCUUUUAAGGGACACAACGGCGUCAUCGAGGAGCUUCUCAAGUUUUCUCCUUCAGUUGGAAUCCUCAAGAACGGCUCGACGGCUCUUCACGCCGCCGUGAUGGGCGGAAACCUGCAGACCGUCCUCCUGCUGCUCAGAGCCAACGCCGACCCCUCGGUACCCAACCAGAAUAACGAACUCCCUGCAGAUCUCACAAAGAGCGAUCGCAUCCUGAAGGCGUUGCGUCCAAAAGUCAUGAACGGAGAGAGCUGAUGACCAACCAGAGGCCUUCGUGGCUGCCUCUUCCACUUUGAUGAUGAUGAUGAUGAUGAUGAAGGGAAGGGGGGGGCAACAAUACAGUGUCAAUCUAUGUACUAUUUAAGGUGCUUGCUUUUGAUUGCGACUGAAUACGUUGAAUAAACCUGCACUGAACCCGGAGCAACGGACAUGUACAACCAAAAUGCAUUUGUCCUCCACGUGCAUCAUCUACUUUACUCUGUUCGACAGUAUAUGCAUUUAUUUUUAUUUACUCCCGCUGUUGUAAGAUUUCUAAAUAUUUUGCAUACUUUUUAUUUGCCUUUUAAAAUUAUUAUUACUAUUAGACGUAAUAAAGUUUAAAUGUGAUAUUCAA